AACGAGGCCGGGGCCGCGGCCCGUGUCAUGCGGGCCCGGGCGGCGGCGGGCGACGGCGCGGCGGGGGCGGGGAGCGGGCACAAGAUGGCGACGGCCAUGUACCUGGAGCACUAUCUGGACAGUAUUGAAAACCUCCCCUGUGAACUGCAAAGAAACUUUCAGUUGAUGCGUGAAUUGGAUCAGAGAACAGAAGAUAAGAAAGCCGAAAUUGACAGUCUUGCAGCGGAAUACAUUGCAUCAGUGAAGAGCAUGUUGCCAGAGCAGCGAGUAGAGCACAUCAAGAAGAUUCAGAAUGCUUACAGCAAAUGUAAAGAGUAUAGUGAUGACAAAGUGCAGCUGGCCAUGCAGACCUACGAGAUGGUGGAUAAACAUAUUCGACGGCUGGAUGCAGACUUGGCCCGAUUCGAAGCAGAUCUGAAGGAUAAGCUGGAAGCCAGUGACUUUGAGAGCCCUGGAGGACGGGGCCUGAAAAAGGGGCGAAGUCAGAAGGACAAGAGAGGCUCCCGAGGUCGUGGUAGGCGAACAUCUGAAGAAGAUACUCCAAAGAAAAAGAAGCUGAAAGGAGGAUCUGAGUUUGCUGAUACCAUCCUCUCCGUUCAUCCUUCGGAUGUCCUAGACAUGCCAGUGGAUCCGAAUGAGCCCACCUACUGCUUGUGCCACCAGGUGUCCUACGGAGAAAUGAUUGGCUGUGAUAACCCAGAUUGUCCAAUUGAGUGGUUUCAUUUUGCUUGUGUGGACCUUACCACAAAACCAAAAGGAAAAUGGUUUUGCCCACGUUGUGUUCAGGAAAGGAAGAAAAAGAAAUAAGGAAGGGGAGGGGAAUACAUACUCUAAGAUGAGAAGAAGAAUUUAAUAUAUUCCUUCCUUCAUGUUGCAAUAUUAUAUUUUUGACCUACCUUCCUUGUUCUUAUUUGAUAUUUAAUUGUCCAAUGGCCAGUUUUAAUUCUUGUUGUUUCAUACAAAUAUGACUUAGGGAGGGAGGGAGGAUGGGGGGGUGGGGAAGUUGUCACAGGGAUUUUAUUUAAGUUAAUGCUUAAACAGCACUGAAAAAAAUGUGUUACUAUGAAGUACCUGGAGCAGCAAGCAGCUGUAAUUUCUGCUGUUGUAUUGGAAUCUGUGAAACUGCUCAAGGCGUUUCAGGGGAACCAGAGAGUUACCUUUCAGCAUGAUCCAUUGUGACCACCUAAGCAAGGCAGGUAUGGAGCUUUGCAUAGUGCAAAUGAAGGAUUUCUAUAGGAAAGUAAGCUGCACAACUGAAAUACAGGUUUCCCUUGCUUUAUGUUGUACAUGCAUUCCUGGAAAACAUCACAUAACUCUAAUUUGCAUCGAGGGAACCCACUUUACAAUGUAACAAAUAGGAAUAUGUUCCAAGACCUUGACUGUACUGACGCCCAGACCCAUUUCUACCACCUUUACAAAACAAUUUUGGUACUCACCAACAGCAGACAGUACACACAAGUAAAAGGUGGUGGUGGAUGUUACCAUAAUGGGGAUGGCAGCUACAGAAACGCGUCGCAGACAAGUGAGGAGCACAAAUCCAUACAGGAGGCUAUAUUUUGGUGCAUGUCACUCCCACAAUGCACCGCACAAAGCAGCUGACUGCGGGCUUCCACCACAUCGAUCGCAUAAGAGUUAAUUUACCUUUCAUAAAACUAAUUUUUGGUAUCAAAAGGGUCAUGGCAUAAGAGCGAAUUCGCACAUACAGAACCUGCAUAAAGCAAGGGAAAUCUGUAUGCUUCUUCAUUUAGGCACGAAGUCUGUUUCUGGGGGUUUUUCUGCACAGUUUUAUAGUAGUGAAGGCAAUCUGCAGGCCAGCAAACUCUUUCCAGUGUGUUAUUUCCCCCCAAGCCAAGUACAGUGUUUAAUUUUUGGUGAGGCAUGCUUUGUGUGUGUAUGUAUAUAUGUGUGUGUGUGUGAAGAUGUACAUCCUUUAUUAUUGGAAUAAUCUCUGUUAAACUUUGCACUGCCAUGUUUUGACUUGAUCCCAUCCCUACUGGCCUCAGUAAGAGAAGAAUCUACCCUUUUGGUUUGAAUUCCAAGCUCCUCCUAUAAAGGGUGUGUCCAAUGUAGAAAAAGAGGUUCAAGUAUCAAAGGAAGUGUCCUGUUGUUGCUAGUAACAGUAAUAGAGCAAGACAGUUGCACCCUUCCUGCCCUUCUUCAGAAAUCCUUGAAGAUCUUUACUGUGAAGACAAAGAGUGUUGUUAUGAAGAGAGUGGGGUCUGACUUCCUCAUGCUGUAGCAUGGAGGUCCAUUUUCAUUACUUAUAUUUCUAUAAGGUGUAUCUGUACCUGCCUUAUGUCUCUGUGUUGCACAUUUGGUAAAUGAUCAGAAAAAAAGCUUUAAAAAGACAAUAACAUUGUGGGAACAUAUAUAGGUUUCUGUGAUGUUUCAGCAAUGCCGAAAUGGAGCCCUUUGAUUUUACCGACAUGGGUAUAUUUUCUGAUUUUUAACCUGAGUCCAUUGCAAAACCAUUGCUAGUGAAACAGAAGCCACAGCAGAGAUGCUUAUAAAAAUAACUUCUUGUUUGGAAAUUUGCCUACCUUCAAUUUUUAUGAGCUGCCCUUCAGUUUAACAGCUAAAAUGUGAAUCUUGCUAUUGUUGCCAUGUCAUACACUGCAGUGAAAGGAAGAGAAAGGAAUCCAGGAGGAGGAACAAGAAAUGUCACAGACACAUUUCCUCAUUUUUCCCCUCUUGUUGAGUUCUGCUUGGUUCAAGAAGUGCUGGGGCAGGCAGCAGAGGGGAGUUUAUUUCCUAUAUUUUGGGAAUCAACUGCCUGUAGCCACAAAUUACUGUCCCAGGGCACUGCUUUGCCAGUAAAGCAUAUCCAAAAUACAGCAGUGCUCUGGCCAUGUCUGCUGUAUUAUAUACCACUGGAUUGGCAUCAUGGGGUUUCAGUGUAAUAGAACCGGGUCCACAGCCUUAAAAAACCCACAAAUCUUAAUGAAGAAGGCAGGCUUUUGCAAUCAGCCAUUCCAGUGUUUUCUUUAAAAGAGCAAGCCAAAAAACAAGCUAAUCCUUUUACAGAAAGAACAUUGACUGAUGCCAUUUUCACUCACAUUUUUAUAAAAGAUGAAUACAAACACAGCUCUUAUUGAUUCUCCUUUCCCACCUCAUGCUCUGUGCAUGCAGCUUCGUAGAAGACAGCAGAUAGAAUUGUCAUAGAAAAAAGCCCUCUUGGUAUCAGUGUAGAUUUUCUUGUGAAGGUCUCUUAACUUUUAUCACAUCAGCUACAAAACAUAUAUAUGUAUCUCCAGGGUCUUGAAGCUUAAAUUGUGAUGUUGUACAUGUCCCUAUUGUGUCACAUCACUCCAUAUUAUACACAAAGUUGUCAUAUGUAUGUUUACAGGAAUGUCUUUUUUUUUUUUUUUUGCAUUUUAAAAUGAACAUACUAAGAAUACAUGCACGCAGCUUAGAAACAGAUUGCUAGGGGGAAGGGGAGAGAGCACAGUUGCACGUUUGACUGGGGGUUAUAGUUAGUCCUUUUAAGGGUCCUGCCCCUGUUUAGUAAAUCUUUUCAUGAUACCUCAUGAAUCAAUGUGUAGUACAGUAACCAGUGAGUAACACCUGUACCUCGUUAAUCUGCUACACUGGAUUUCAAGUAGGAAUGUCACUGUGUUCUGAAGACCGUGUAAUAUUGAUGAUGUUCCAGGUUCCAUUUUUCCCCUUCCAAUCAUACAAUAUUGUAGAUGACAUUUUAUUAAAAAAAAACUUUGAAGAAAACCUUAGUGGAAUAAUUACAACAGUUUAAGUGUUUUGAUUAAACUGAAUCUCAAAACCUUGUGCACCUCUGUGGAGGUCUUGCUGGAUAAGCAUCAUUGUAGACUUGAGCAGCUAUAACUUAUCAGCACAGAACUGACUACUGUUAACUCAGAAGAGUUGGUCACUUAGGACAGCAAACUAUUUUAGUGAUUUUUUUUUUUUCUCCGAGUGCCUAGGGUUUGGAAAAAGUUUUGCUUUCUGUUUUACCUGAGGAAGCAAAAGACAUAGGGUUUAGCACCUUGUAUCUGUCCUAAAGAUGAAAAAUAUGUCUCUGAUGGGAACUGUAAAUAGUAGGUGAGAUCACAGUUAUAUAUACCUUCCUUAGAGUACAACCUCUGAAGUGUCUUGGAUCAUGAGAGUUAAAACAGAGUUAGUCUGAGCAAUAAAGCUGUCCCAUGUUGAACAUAUCAUAACAAACAGAGACUCUAAUAAUCAGUUGACAGACUUAGGAAUAUCUGUUCUCCAUUUCUGAGUUUGGGUUUGUUUGGCUCCAUUUUAAACAGGAACAUCAAUAACCAUGAGUUUUGGUCACAAGAAUUCAAGUCGUUCCGAAUUUUGAAUGUACAGUGUUAAAUGUAUAUUAUCUGUGUGGAGAUGGAUAAAUAGAACUAUGAGAGAUUUAAAAGUAAUGUUCCACUAAAGAUUGUCAAAAAAAGCUUUGUCAAACACUUUCAUAUUUUGUGGUGUUCAGCUUUAUCACAAUUCAUCCAAAUUGGAGUUGAUGCAACUUUUAAGCUGAUUUAUUGUAUCUUUAUUUUCAAAGGAAUUAGAUCCAUGUUUCCUUUGUAAAUGGAAGAGAAUGUUAUAAAUCUUUUUAUUAAAAAUAAUGUAAAGUUAAAAUGUAUAUCUGUAUUUUUGGAUCAUGUUAUAGAUAAUGGAUAUAUUGUUAUAAAUAAAGUAUUUUUGGGAAAAAAAA